UGGUCACGUAUCGAGUCCGUCACGAAUGGUAGCACGGGCAAGGUGUCAUUGAUAGCACUCAAGGGAAAGGCCGGGCGAAUCAGUCAAAGAUGCUGCUCUUUUUUCUGCUGGCAGCGACGGCCACCGCUGAGCUUCCCCAGACGUGCAUCAAACCAGUCUACUGCAACAGCAAGCUGCUACAUCAUGUACAAAUGCAACGAAUCUUCCCGGACUCCAAAACUUUCGUGGAUCUCCGACUAGUUAAUGACGAAAACAGCACAUUAACUGCUUUCCAAAACCUUCUUGAUGAAACCAACAACAACCCAAACAAAAAGCAAGUCCAGGAAUUUGUUGAAAAGUAUUUCGAUAAGACGAGCGAGCUGGAGUCGUGGACCCCACCAGACUUCAAUAAAAACCCACCAAUUCUACCCGCAAUCCGCGAUGAGGACUUGCGCCAAUACGCAAAGGACAUCAAUGACAUCUGGCCAGUGCUGGGAAGAAAAGUGAAGCAAGCAGUAUUCGAAAAUCCCGAUCAAUACAGCUUAAUACCUGUAACACACGGUUUUAUUAUCCCAGGUGGUCGAUUCACAGAGCUGUAUUAUUGGGAUACUUAUUGGAUCAUUGAAGGUCUCCUUGUUAGUGGAAUGGAGCAGACAGUCAAAGGAAUUAUUGGUAAUUUGAUUGAACUGUUGAACAAACUUGGCCACAUCCCUAACGGUAGCCGAUGGUAUUAUCAGGAGCGAAGCCAGCCUCCUCUGUUAUCAGCUAUGAUGUCACUUUAUAUUCGGGCAACGAACGAUAUUGAAUUUCUAAAAGAAAACGUCGACGCACUGGAAGCCGAAUUAGAAUAUUGGUUAGAUACCCAGAUUUAUACCUUUGACAUAGGAGAUAGAGCCUAUACAUUAUUGAGAUAUUAUGCGCCUAGCGAAGGACCGCGACCCGAGUCGUAUUAUGAAGACUUUUCUAGCGCUCAAAUUUUCGACACCAAAGAACGACAGACUCAAUAUUACAUUGACCUAAAGAGUGCCGCUGAAAGUGGUUGGGACUUCUCUACACGAUGGUUCAUCAAUGACGAUGGAACCAAUAAAGGCAAUCUAACCAUGUUGCACGCGACUGAAAUUAUUCCGGUAGAUUUGAAUUCUAUAUUUGCCAACGCCUUGCAAAACAUGGCAUACUUCCAAGGUCUGUUGAAAAAUGGUCGUAAAGGAGCGCAUUGGGCCUACCUUGCGAAACAAUGGAGAAAUAACAUAAAAGAAGUGUUGUGGGAUGACGAAGACGGCGUAUGGUAUGACUGGGAUUUGGCAAAUAAGCAAUUCAGAAAAUACUUCUAUCCAAGCAACGUUGCUCCCCUCUGGAUGGGCGCUGUAGAGAAGAGCUUUGUUAAAACGAACGCUCAUCGGAUUUUCAACUAUUUACAACAAUCACAUGGACUGGAUUAUCCAGGAGGUGUUCCAACGUCCCUAAUACGCAGUGGAGAGCAAUGGGACUUCCCUAACGCGUGGCCACCUCUAGUCAGCUUAAUGGUAAACGCGCUUGAAGCGCUGGAAAUACCUCCAGCGAAAGAAUUAGCUUUCGAUGUGGCACAGGCGUGGGUACGAGCGUGUCAUAAAGGUUUCUCCAGCACGAAACAAAUGUUCGAGAAGUACGACGUGGAGGUUCCCGGCAGGAUCGGUGGAGGAGGUGAAUAUACCGUUCAGACCGGGUUCGGCUGGUCGAACGGUGUUGUCAUGGAGUUCCUUGCAAAGUAUGGGCGAAGGCUGACGUUGCAUGAUGUUGAGAUUAGCGGGCAGAACGAAGCUGUGGUUUCCCGUGUAGAGUCAGAUGGUGAAAAUUCGUUGUCGGUGGUCGCGGCUGGUCCUGAUCCACAAUUAACAUCAUCAUCAUCCGGAUCUUCAUCAUCUGAAAGCAAGGAAAGUGAUGAAAAGAAGGAAUACACAAUGUUGAUACAAAAUCUCCGGCGCUAUGCGCCUCUUUAUCCCGUUUUGGGAAUUCUCGGUGCGUGCGCUCAGGCCUUCACUGUUGUUCCCGCGUGCAAUUCCUCGAUUUAUUGCACCGGUGAACUCUUACAUAGAGUGCAAUUGGCGAGAAUAUUUGAAGACUCCAAAACGUUCGUCGAUCUCAAGCUCGUGCGUUCUGAAAACGAAACACUCGCUGAUUUUUCGAAAUUGAUGCAAAAAACGCGACAGAAUCCGUCCCGGGAACAGAUAGCUAGUUUUGUCGAUGAACAUUUCACCGAAGGUAAUGAACUUGAAGAUUGGCGGCCGCCUGAUUUCGAUCCGGAUCCGCCCAUUUUGAAAGGAAUCUCUGACCUUAAGCUACGUGAAUUUGCAAAGAAUGUUAUCGGACUAUGGGAUAAGCUAGGUAGGAAAGUGAACCCUGAUGUUGAUAAGCAGUCAAACCAAUACAGUUUCCUGUAUGUGCCCAACGGAUUUAUUGUUCCUGGUGGUCGGUUUAAAGAGCUUUAUUAUUGGGACUCCUUCUGGAUUGUUCGUGGCCUUCUCUUAUGCAAUAUGACAGAAACUGCUAGGGGAAUGAUAGAAAACCUUUUAUAUCUCGUUGAAAAACUUGGGUACAUUCCGAAUGGAAGCCGAAUUUAUUAUUUAGGGAGAAGCCAACCUCCUAUGCUAGCUGCGAUGAUGGCCAGCUACUUCGCUGCCACUGGUGAUCUCGCCUGGUUAGAGAAACAUUUGCCUACAGUUGAAAAAGAAUUGCAGUAUUGGUUAGACAAAAAGAAAGUGACUGUAGAAGUAAAUGGAAAAAACUAUGUGCUAUUACGGUACAUAGCUGAUCGCAAAGGAAAAGGGCCACGUCCCGAAUCUUACUAUGAGGAUUACACGAAUGCCCGUGACUUGCCAAAUGAUACCAUGCGUGAAGAUUUCUAUGCAGAGAUGAAGAGCGCUGCAGAAAGUGGUUGGGACUUCUCAACACGAUGGUUCGUAACUGCUGAGAACGAUGUGGUUGGAAAGCUUACUGAUGUUCACGCUAGCCGUAUUGUGCCAGUCGAUUUAAAUGCUAUCUUUGCCGGAGCCCUUGACCUUGUUGGUGACUUUCGUAACAGAUUAAAAGAUAGAAGAGAAGCGCAGAAGUGGUGGAGUUUAGCUAAAUAUUGGCGGAAUGCUAUCGAGAAUGUUCUGUGGGACAAUUCAGAUGGAGUCUGGUAUGAUUAUGACGCACAAGCGAGAGCGCCUCGACGACAUUUUUAUCCAAGUUGUGCCACUCCACUGUGGGCGGGCGCUAUUGAAGAUUACGAUGCUCCUAAGUACGCGAGCCGAUUGAUUAGAUAUUUAUUAUCAUCUGGAGCUUUAGAUUUUCCUGGUGGUGUACCAUCGUCAGUUUUACUUUCAGGCGAGCAGUGGGACUAUCCGAACGCGUGGCCACCUUCACAGAGCAUCUUGAUAGGUGGUUUGGAAGCGAGUGGAAACGAAGAGGCACAGAAAUUAGCUCUGGAACAAGCAAGUAUAUGGAUACGUUCCAAUUAUAUUGGUUAUAGUACAUGGCAGAAGAUGUUUGAAAAGUAUAGCGCAGUGCAACCUGGGCAUCAGGGUGGUGGAGGGGAAUACGGUGUACAGGAUGGCUUCGGUUGGACAAAUGGUGUUGUUUUAGAGCUUUUACAACGAUAUGGCAAAGAAAUGACGUUACACGACAAGCGAGGUGUGUCCCUACCAUACGUUCGCCAAGUAUUAUAAAAUUAUAAACCUAUACAAAUAUACAUUGGAUAACACAUAGUUUUAUAUGUGUUUUGUGUUCUAGUUUAUUAAUUAGUAAAAUAUAUGUAAAGAUUGUGUGAUUAAGUCACAGAUUUUUAUUUAUGUAGGUGUAAGGAAAUGUGAUAUUUACUGUUAUGUUGAACGUGGAUAUCUUAAUAUAAUAAAUUACAUAUGUUCAUAGA